CCGACGACGACGAGGACGACGCCGACACCGACGACGAGGAGGCCGAUCAGCAGGUACGGCCCGGCGAAUAUCGCCGAAUGCGCACGGUUUGACGCGCGAGGUCACACGGUGACUUAUACUCGAAUACAGGGCAGUGGCAGUGGCAUGCCCCGAUCCGCGGCGCGGCCGCAGUGUUCCAAGAGUCGGCACGACGCACGAAUCGCACCGCUGCGGCGCGCGCGCGCGCGAGAGAUACACACGACGACGACGACGACGACGACGACGACGACGCAGCAGCAGCAGCAGCAGCGGCGACCGAGGAGAGACCACGAAGUUGCGUCGCCGAAACGUGUUCUGCUGACUGGAGUUUUCCGGGCCUCUUCCUCCUCCUUCUCCUUGAACUUCCACCAACCCUUCUCUCUCUCUCUCUCUUUUCUGUACUAUUGAAAAUCGCGGUCGACGGAGAAGACCCAGAGGCUAGACGACGGUGAAACGACACAGUGUACCGUCGAGGGAGGGAAAUAGGGAAAAUAUGCGAACCGAUCGGGUGCAACGUUAGACCGUCGUUCUAGUACCUCGUAGAGGAGGAGGUGGGAGAGACCGACGUAUACGUGUGCGGUCAGAGGUGGUGCACGGAUAUCGUGUGUAGGCGGAUCGGUGGCAAAGGCGGUGGAAGAGGCGAACCAGCGGUUUUGCCUACCGCGCGCGGUCACCGCAGUGUGCGAAUUCGCUCCGAUUGUUUGCUCCGAUUUGUCCGGGUGGUGCACGUCGUAAUCGAGGAGCGCGAGCAGUAAAGUGGUAGUAACCCUGACCUGACCCCCGCGCGCGCUACGCACCUCGGGCUCGCGCUCACGUUUUGUCAUCAGUAUCCCCGCGAGACUCACGGUGUGUGCGCGUGCAACAAACACAUCGGCGAGUUCUUCUCCGUCCGCGCCGCGCCGCGCGUCUCACAUACGUAACCGGGCUUAUUGACGAUCGAUCGAUCUCGCGAGCGCGACAACCGAUAUACGCGUCGCGUAAUAAUCAGCGAUCGGUGACGGGGAGUAGUACACGAGUUAUCGUUCCGCGAGUGUCCGCGGGGAAUCCGCUGGCUAUCAUCGUUCUCGUACAUCAGCCCUUCACGUGAAAAUCUUGUGAGUUUUUAGUGCGACACCGCUCGCGAAGGACGUGGAUUCUUCAGUUUUGUUUGGAUUCAGGGUGGCAAAACAUAUCGUGUAUACGCUCUACACGCUCUUCCCUCUUCCCGCCCUCCACCACCCUCUUGCUCCUCAGUCUCUGCGAUACGAUCCGCGGAGCGACCUCGUAUCGUAGUCGUGUGUGUGUGGUAGUGGAAAGCAAAAGGUAGUCGCGCGCGCGCUGCGUUGCGUAUUUGGGAGGAUUCCAAGUGGUCCAGCAGUGUGUUUCCGUCGAGAAGAUCGAAAUUAUGUUCGCCAGGGGGUAGCCCCCGGACAAAACGCAUACGAGAACGGUGGUUCGAGCGACCGCGGGAAAGGUGGUCGAGAAGAGCAACUUCAGUUACGAGCUGCGCUUCGCGUUGAAGCGCCGUGACGACGAUGACACUGUUGGUCGCCGAGUAAGCUUGGCAAUUCUCUUCGACAAUCGAGAGGAUGCCACGGGGACAGAGUCGCUGCCGAAUUGUACCGGGGCGACGCGACAUCAGCGGGAUCUAAAAGAGCAUUUCCGAGUGUACGGUUUCGUGAUAAGAAGACGUGGAGACACGAGAGCGAGAAAAAAGGAAGGGCUUCAGGAAAAAUAGAUCGAGGCGGUGAAAAUAGAAGGUGAAACGCAGCGAAGAAUAGGAAGUCUGACGAGAGAAAUAAAAAGGAAGGUGCAGAGAGUACAGAGGGGAGACACGCGACGAAGAGGAUCAUCGCGCGACGUGGCCUCUCGAUUUCCGGGGUCUCUCUCUCUUCGUGGGUGUUUUUACGCGUACGACCGUGGAUCGAUAGUUUGUCCCGCGAGCUCGUGCUGGACAGAAACGACGACGAGUCACCCUACGUGGAAGAGUCACGCGCGAUCCUCUCGCGUUCAACGACAACGACACCCUCGUGCUGCGAGAGAAGAAGAAGAACAAGUUUCCGAACGGGCCUAGCUGAAAGUGCUGCUUAACGCGACGAUUGAACGCAACGUCGAGCGGACACCAGAAGCUUCGCGGUGAUUUAUGGGGGACUACAGCACGACGAGUCUCUUUUCCAGUAUCUUGACCAGCCCGAAACCUAGUGCGACCACAAGCAAUAGCGGCACUGGCAGCGGUAAUAGCAAUAGCAGCAACAGCAGCAGUAAUAACGCCAUCGGCAGCGCCGCCGUCACCAUAACAACAUCCACGAUGCAGGACGAUCUGCUGAUCGAGAAGCAAGCGACCGGCAAACCAGCUCCGCUCUCGCCGAGCAGCGCUCUGGAUACAGUUGCCGGACAAGACAAGUCGAAGGACGCGAUCGAAGCGGAGAAUAUCGCCAUCACCCCGACGACGCCCUCGUCAACGGACAAGGACAUUACGUGUAGCACGACCUCGGCUCUGCAAGGCUUCGCCGAUCCCGGUGGUCGCGUGCCCAGCCUCUGGUCCGCACCGGACGACAGCGGGCUGCACACCGCGUUACCAGUCAACGGCUCGAUCGCCGCUUUUCAGAACUUUCCGGCUGGUGGACCCGCGGGCCUGUUCGCCAGCACUGGUGCCGCUGCCGCCGCGGCCGCGGUUUCGACCGGCACACGUCGUGCCAUCACGGCUAGCCAUAAUUUCCCUCAGCAACAACCGCAGCAACAGCACGGUAACGCGGGUGCACCCACGGGCACCAGGCACGGCGGUCUGCAAGUGUCCUCGGCGCAACAGCAGCAGCAGCAACAGCAGCAGCAGCAACACCAGCAGCAGCAGCAGCAGCAACAACAACCGCCGCCGACAUCGCAUCCGGGAGUCUACCUGCCCGGGAAGGGCUACGCUGCGUGGUCGGGAGGUCCCCAGGCACCGCAGCAGUGGGGCGCGGGCCCGCAAGCGGCCGCCGCGGUCGCCAGUCCGGGCCUGUCACCUUGGAAUCGCGGCAGAUCCGUGCCUAAUCUACCACCGUUGCACUCGUCCUUGCACGCUGCCGCGGCGGUGGCGGCCGGUCUUCAGGGUCGCAAGCCCAGUCCGACGUUUCCGGGCCAUCCGGGCCCGGCAGCGGCGCAUCCCUCCUGCAUCAGCCCGGUCAAGUUCCGUCGGAGCACCUCGUACCCCGGCAAGGGCAACAUAUAUCCGCCUCAGCCGGCGCCGACCUUCGAGGUCACCACCGCCGAAGAGAGGGAUUUACUGCAGCUACCACCGUUCCAGCAGGAUCGUAUGACGGCUAAUGGAAACUCACCGUUAGACAACAUGAGGACCUUGGAACACUAUCUGAGCGAUAUUAUGCGAGCCGGUGCAGCAGAUACUCCGGAGCAUCUGAAAGGAUUCAUCAACUGUAACGCCGCCAACACUCUGCAGUCGCUCGCGCAGCUACAUGGCAAAUCCCCGUUCUUCCCGAGUCUCGAGGAGCAAAGCGGUACCUUGCUAGAAGAUCCGAAUGCGCCGAGUCAGCUGGACGGCGUCGGAGUAGGCGUCGGAGUUGGCGUAGGCGUAGGCGGCGGCAUAACGGCGUCCCAAGCGGCGCCUCUAUCAUCGCCGAGUCGAAGCAGUCCACACAGUCAGGGCAGUGAAACUGGCGAACGUUUCUCCAGGAAAGUCUUCGUCGGCGGACUACCGCCUGACAUCGACGAAGAUGAAAUCACAGCCAGUUUCCGUCGCUUUGGUCCGUUGGUCGUAGACUGGCCACACAAGGCAGAAAGCAAAUCCUACUUCCCACCGAAGGGCUACGCGUUCCUGCUUUUCCAGGACGAGGGCUCGGUGCAGCAGUUGAUAGACGCCUGCAUCCAGGACGAGGACAAGCUUUAUCUGUGUGUGAGCUCGCCCACGAUCAAGGAUAAGCCUGUGCAGAUACGACCAUGGCGACUUAGCGACGCCGAUUUUGUGCUGGACGCCUCCAUGCCGCUGGAUCCGCGAAAGACGGUCUUCGUUGGCGGGGUACCGCGACCUCUCAAGGCCGUGGAACUUGCCAUGAUCAUGGAUCGGCUUUACGGCGGUGUCUGCUACGCCGGUAUCGAUACCGAUCCCGAGCUCAAGUAUCCCAAAGGAGCCGGCCGAGUCGCUUUCAGUAAUCAGCAAAGCUACAUAGCUGCCAUCUCGGCCAGAUUCGUACAGCUGCAGCACGGCGACAUUGACAAAAGGGUGGAUAAGAUCAUAAGUGCGAUGAGAGCACGCGAUUGGAAGAAAAAAGUCGAAGUCAAACCGUACGUUCUAGACGAUCAAAUGUGUGACGAGUGUCAAGGCCAGCGCUGCGGAGGCAAAUUUGCACCGUUUUUCUGCGCCAAUGUCACCUGCCUACAGUACUAUUGCGAGCAUUGCUGGGCAACUAUUCACUCCCGCCCAGGUCGGGAGUUCCACAAGCCGCUGGUGAAGGAAGGCGCGGAUCGGCCUCGGGCCGUGCCUUUCCGCUGGUGUUAACCCCAGCUGCGUUGUCCCUAAUUAUCUCGCAGCCCUAGCUAAUUAACUACCACUUCUACCAAUAUUCCCCACCCUCCCUCACGUGCCCCAACCAACCCUCACCUCCCCCGCCCCCUGCCCUUCUUUCAUUACUUACUUAUUUACCUACAAGGAACACAGCCUCAAAACCGCUAUUACUACUUACGCUAUUACCACUCGAUCGUCACGUACUACCACUACUCUAUUCUACUACCACUAUUACUACUACUACUACUACUACUAUUACUACUACUACUACUACUACUACUACUUACUACUACUACCACAACUAUUAUU